AUUUGUUAAAAUACUUCAUGAGCUAUUUAUAGAAUAUUUCGCUUUAAAAAAGUGUUUUCAUUUCAGCCCUAAUUCAUGAUUUUCUUUUUAGUGGUCGUUCAACGCAGCGCGGUCAUUACCGUACCUUUCGCAAUGAAUUGGACAAGACUUAUUGCUACGUUUAUAAGCUUGCUGACAUGGUCUAGCCAAAUUGAACAAUUUAAUGUCAGCGGUAUUCGACAAAAACCCAGAGCACAGAAUUGGCUACACUCGUUUAGAGCAGAACUAAUUCCGGAAUACUUUUAUAAAUCCAUUGAAAAGUCCGAUGGCAGUAAACACAAUCUGCAACAUAAGUUACGACACUUCUUGGAAAGACUGCAGAAAAAUUUCACGGCGUCGACGUUGUUUAGUGACUCCGAAAAUAAUGUUACAAGCGUAGAAAAUUAUAUCCUCAGGAUGCACCAAUUGUCAACGUUUUUUUACAAAACUUCAAUAACUAUUGAAACAUUUUCUACGGAUAGUGAACAAUUUUUUGAAAUGUCAAAAAAUUCAAGUCAUGAACUAUUAUUAAGACUUCGGCAAAUUCCAACAGCACAACCAACAUUUGUUAAGGUUUAUCUUACAAACUACUUUGCUGAAAUGGAAUUCUUUCAUACAAUAUUUUCAGAAAUUAUCGACGAAGCAAUGGAAUACAGCUUAGAAACCCUAAGAGCUAUUGAAAAAAUAUUUUUUUACUACGCUGAUACUCAAAAUAUUAUUUUAAAAAAUUGGAAAUUAAAGCUAAAUCUGGAAUGCUACCAGCUCUAUGUUGACUUUUUACAACAUUAUUCCGCCAAGGUUUUUAAAUGUGCCGCUGGGGAUAAUCUUCACCUGGUUUAUGAUGUGUAUUCCGUGACAAAGCUUAACGUCAAAUAUAUUAUGACACAGCUUGAGUUUCGCAUCCAACGACUUUUCAAUUGUUUUAAAAAUAAAAGUUUUACUCCACGAUGUAAAUUUCUUUAUAGCGCUGAGCGAGAUUUUAAAACUUUAUUUAGCAAACUCGCUGACUUAGAAAUGUAUUUAGAUGUAAAAACUAAAAAAGGCAACGUUUCGGCUUUACGAUUUCGGCGAACAGCUACACGGCAUGAUAAUACUUUAAAAUCGGAAACGACUCUUGACGAUUGUAUCCCAAUUGGCUUUCCACAUAGUCAAAUGUCAUUUAAUCUAAAAACAUGCUUUUAUUUUCUAUAAAUAGAAAUAUAUAAUGCAGACUAAGAACCUACAAUAAUUAUACAUAUAUGAAUGAAUGUCAUUGGCAAAGUAUAGCUGAAAGGGAGGAACCUAAUAUAUACACGCAUUUAUUUUAUUUAUUUAAAAUGUAGAACAGUAGAAUCUAUGAAUAAUUUAAAGCUCAGAACAACAUAAACUUUGUGCACGCCUGACAGCAUUUUAUUUCGAUAAAUAAGACGUAUGGUUAAUUUUCUGCAGCACCAACAGUUCGUCAGAACUGCGUUCUUGCGUUAUUUAUACCCUUUUACUCAAAAUGGUGAAUUGUAACCCCGAAAAGUUUGUAACAUGUAGAAGAAUAAGAUUCUGAUCCAAUAAAAUAUAUGAAACAAAAACACCUA